AUGGCCUUCACGCUCAAGGCGUCCCUCUCCGUGUCCUCCUCGGCUCUGCCGUUGAGGCACCCCAUGCGGCGCGGCGCGGGCGCGGUGGCGGUGCGCGCGCCUGGGAGGCCCGUGGUCAGGCCGGUCGACGUGGUGGCGGCGGUGACCGCGCCCGCGCCUGCUAGGAGGUGCGCGUCAAGGUCCGCGACCAGCGACCGCGGCCUGUCGGUGGCAGAGGCCAUGUCUCGCGUCAGGGCGAAUGGCAAAACGGCGUUCAUCCCGUACAUCACCGCCGGCGACCCCGACCUGGCGACCACGGCGGAGGCGCUCAGGCUCCUCGACAGCCUCGGCGCCGACGUCAUCGAGCUCGGCUUGCCCUUCUCGGACCCCUCUGCCGACGGGCCAGUGAUUCAGGCAUCCGCUGCCCGUGCGUUGGCUGCUGGCGCGACCACGGACACCGUGAUGUCGAUGCUCAAGGAGGUGACGCCGGAGCUGUCCUGCCCCGUGGUCAUCUUCUCUUACUUCAACCCCAUUGUACGCCGUGGGGCAGGGAGUUUCGCUGCGGCUGCCAAAGAAGCCGGUGUCAAAGGCAUUAUCAUACCCGACCUUCCAUACGAGGAGAUGUAUGCUUUCAGGAAAAAAGCCAUCAAGAACAAUCUAGAGCUGAUCCUCCUUACAACGCCAGCUACACCAUUAGAGAGGAUGAAAGAAAUCACAAAAGCUUCGGAAGGGUUUGUUUACCUUGUAAGUGUUGUUGGAGUUACAGGAGCUAGGGCGAACGUAAACCCAUGUGUCAAGGAUCUUCUUCAGGAGAUUAGACAGGUCACAGACAAGGCAGUGGCGGUUGGCUUUGGCAUAUCGACCCCGGAACAUGUUAGCCAGAUUGCCGAGUGGGGUUCAGAUGGAGUGAUCAUUGGUAGUGCAAUGGUGAAACAAUUGGGUGAAGCAAACUCUCCAGGAGAAGGAUUAGAGAGGCUAGAAGUAUAUGCCAAGAGUUUGAAGAAUGCACUCCCAUGA